AUGGUACGAAGGCUUAUGGAAGAUUUGAAUUGCUUGACUAGAGAGACUUUGGACGAGACAGAGAACAAGCUAGUUGUUGAGGCUGCUUUGAAUUUGCUUGGCACGAAGCCCCCAAGUAUUUUGGAGUUUGCAUGUGUAGUUCGCUCAAUGGCCUGGACGAUGGAUUUGCCUAAGCCCCCAACCCUCGUACAAGAUCUGGUUUUGCUUGAGAAUGGAGAUCUUAGACAUAAGCAAAAGGCACAUGUCAGCAACCCUUAUUAUGCUUCUUAUGCAAAGUAG